GUAUUUUUCAUCUCUCUCAUCUCUCAAAUGAUUAGUAAUGAUACCAUGAUCUUUACUUUGGUCUGCUGAAUAAACUGAAAUUAAUCAUAGUUAGUGUAGUAAUGCCUGUUAAAUGUUAAUACAUAAUUGUCAUGCCAGGUAAAUUCAAAUUUGAAUGACAAUUGACUUCAUUAAAUAACAACGCAUAUUGUCACUUGUUAUAUUUUCCCUAACAAAAGCAAAGUAAUUUUAUUGUUUGAACCGUUUAUUUUUUAUAUUUCAUCACAACGGGGGCUGAACAGUCAAUCAUGUCCGUCUCUCAGAUGGAAAGAAAUUUAUUCAAUCUCAAAUUUGCUGUGAAGGAAUUAGAAAGAAAUUCGAAGAAAUGCGAAAAAGAAGAAAAAGUAGAAAAGGCAAAAAUAAAGAAAGCUAUUCAAAAAGGUAAUAUGGAAGGUGCACGAAUACACGCAGAAAAUGCAAUUCGUCAACGUAAUCAAGCACUUAAUUAUUUGCGAAUGAGUGCAAGAGUUGAUGCCGUAGCCAGUAGAGUGCAAACUGCUUUGACUACGCGUAAAGUUACUCAGUCAAUGGCUGGAGUAGUUAAAGCUAUGGAUGCAGCAAUGAAGUCAAUGAACUUAGAAAAAAUUUCAGGUUUAAUGGAUAAGUUCGAAAGUCAAUUUGAAGAUUUAGAUGUACAAAGUUCAUAUAUGGAGAAUGCCAUGUCUCAAACUACAACAACCAAUAUUCCACAGAAUGAUGUUGAUUCUUUAUUACAACAAGUUGCAGAUGAAGCUGGUCUGGAGUUAAAUAUGGAAUUGCCAUCUGGACAGUUAGGUAGUAUAGGUACCUCUACUGUCAGUCAAGAGCAAGAUGAACUUACACAGCGAUUAGCGAGACUUCGUGAAUAGUAAAA